AUGUUGCGACCGGCAACCCCUUUGUCGGUGAUGCUGUUCGCAGCUCUCGCACUCCAGAUUUUGGCGGUAAUUUCGACACCAGUGAUCAAGGCGAUACCGCUGGGUAGCUUCGGUGGCUACAGUUUUGGUGUUUUUGGAUACUGCGAUGCAAAGAGCAAAUGCUCCAGUAUCAGCAUCGGGUAUAAGAUAGGCUCAGUAUCUGACGAUAAAGACUUUGAUAUGCCCCGGACAGUUCGCGAAACCCUCACAAUGAUUUUGAUUCUCCACCCGGUGGCAGCUGGUUUAACAUUGCUCAUGUUCAUACUUGCUGUUACCUCCCACUUCCACUCUCCCGCACACUCAGGAAGAUUUCUUCUUGCGUUUAGCAUUCUGAUUAUCCUCACAUUCUUGGUGUCUCUGGCGGCAUUCUUAAUGGACGUACUGGUGUUCAUUCCCCACAUUGCGUGGGGUUCAUAUCUUGUCCUGGCUUCUACUAUUCUGCUAUUGAUCAGUCUCGUGGUCUCAUGCGUCAUCCGCAAGACCAUGCUGGGCCGCAAAUCUAGGAGAAGGCAGGUCGCAGAGAACGCUGAAAUGAGCGGAGAGAACUUUUAUAACAGGGAAGCGGCCCUAAAACCUAUCGAGUCAACGUUUUCAGCCCCGGUUCCUCCCACCACUACAGCGCAGGAAACCCUGCCUACGUUUGCCACUUUCGAGCAAAAGGCAGCCGAUACCAUCAGUGAUGAGCGGAUACCUUUGACUCAGAGGUCGCCAUCCACAUCAUCCCCCGCGCCAAUGAACCCCUACAACAGAUCUAUGUCCCCUCGUGACCAGUUCAACAACAGUCCUAGUGGACCGCCAGAUGCUUACGGAAUCGCAAGGGGUCCGUCGAAUGAGAGUAUGCGCUCUCGAGGAUCUCAGAGGGGAGCCUACCGAGGUCGCGGAGGUUACGGACGAGGUGGUAUGGAUAUGUACGGAGGAGGCGGCUCGAUGAGAGGACGUGGAGGGUAUGGUCCUCCUGGCAGAGGUGGCUAUCCCCCAAGAGGCGGUCCUCGCGGAGGCGGGCUGGCACCUCCACCUAGGGGCGCCUAUGCCGGUGGAAUGCGAGGCGGAAGAAGUCCACCGCCUGGCCCCUACAAUGGAAACGGCCCGUACGACAGACGUCCUUCUCCAGGGUAUAACAACAACCAACCUGCCGCAGGAGAGGUUAGCCCCAUUUCCGAUGGCUUCCCCGACAAUUCCUUACCCAGAGCGGAGUCGCCACCCCCAUUGCCGGAUGAUCCUGGAAUUAUCGGGCGGGCUGUUGACAUGCCUCAACCAAGGGCCACGCCACCACAAGGGUAUGGUCAAUUGAGGGACAAUGACUCUGAUGUUGCUGGCAUGGUCGGUUUACAGCAAGGAAUGGCCCCCCCAAAUAGGCAUGAGACGUACAUGAGUGUGGAGAGCAAGUACAGUACUGAUGAACAAUACAUGCCUGCACGAGCUGCAUGGAACCAAACACCGGGACGAGGCUCACCAAUGCAUGGGGGACCAGCCCCCGGAGCGGCAAAGAGCGAUUACUAUGAGGAUGUGGACCCUCGUUUCGAAGGUAGACAGUCGUCUAAUGUCUUGGCUCCCGCAGGCGAGCCCGCAUAUGAGGACGCUCGUGCCCACGGGGCUCGAAGUCCUACUGGAUCGGAAAGGUCAAACUUCACUUCCAUAUCGCAACGGGGCGUAAAUCCUCGAUGGGAAGCUCCUCCUCCGAUGCCACACCAACACGCUCGUCGUCAAGUUCAACAACGCCAGGACAUGCUUUUAGAUAACGCCGACUUUCAAGUACCCGGGUCUCGACCAGGUCCACGGAACGGACCAGGCACAGUGCCCGGUAGCGCUUAUCCUGGAGGCGGCUUCUAA